ACUCCACUGGGAAUCCAGGAUGAGGGCCUUGGCCGGGGCCCUGCCCUCUCUACUGCUGAGGUUGCUGCUUACAUCCUCCCCUGAGCCCCUGGGUGCCAACCCCGGCCUGGUCGCCAGGAUCACUGACAAGGGACUAGAGUAUGUGGCCCGCGAGGGAUUGGUGACCCUGCGGGAGGAACUGCUCAGAAUCAGGCUGCCUGACUUCACCGGGGACUUCAAGAUCAAGCCCUUCGGCCGUGGGCACUACGAGUUCCAUAGCCUGCAGAUCCACAGCUGUGAGCUGCCUGGCUCCACUCUGACACCCCUUCCCGGCCAGGGCCUGAGUUUCACCAUCUCUGACUCCUUCAUCAGAGUCCAGAGCGAAUGGAAGGUGCGCAAAUCUUUCGUGAAACUACACGGCUCCCUUGAUGUGGAGGUCAAGGGCAUUACCAUUUCAGUCAACCUUCUCCUGGGCAGAGAGCUCUCUGGGAGGCCCACUGUCAGUGCCACCAGCUGCAGCAGCCACAUUCAAGAUGUGGAGGUGGACGUGUCGGGAGAUUUGGGGUGGCUGUUGAAUCUCUUCGACAACCAGAUUGAGUCCAAGUUACGCAAAGCGUUGGAAAACAAGAUUUGCGAAAGGAUCCAGAAAUCGGUGGCCUCUGACCUACAGCCGUAUCUCCAAACUCUGCCAGUCACAACAGAGAUCGACAGUUUCGCUGGCAUCGAUUACAGUUUAACGGAAGCCCCUCGGGCAACAGCCCAAAUGCUGGACGUGAUGUUUAAGGGUGAAAUUUUUAACCGCGAUCGCUAUUCCCCAGUCACCUUCCUUGCUCCUGUCAUGAGUCUUCCUGAGGAGCACAACCGAAUGGUCUACUUUGCCAUCUCUGAUUAUGUCUUCAACACAGCCAGUCGGGUUUAUCACGAGGCAGGGCAUCUGAACUUCUCCAUCACAGAUGACAUGGUUCCUUCUGGCUCUACCAUCCGGCUGACCACCAAGUCCUUCCGCCCCUUUGCACCCCGGUUAGCCAGACUGUACCCCAACAUGAACUUGGAGCUCCAGGGAACAAUGGCCUCAGCCCCAUUCCUGAACCUCAGCCCUGGGAAUCUGUCCUUGACCCCCCAGAUGGAGAUUGAAGGCUUUGUGCUCCUGCCCAGCUCCGUCAGGGAGCCUGUGUUCAGGCUUGGUGUGGCUACCAAUGUGUCUGCCACGUUGACCUUCAACACCAGCAAGAUCACUGGGGCCCUGAAGCCAGGAAAGGUACAAGUGGAACUGAAAGAAUCUAAAGUUGGAGUAUUCAAUGUGGAGCUGUUGGAGGCGCUGCUCAACUACCACAUUCUCAACACCCUCUACCCUCAGGUCAACGGACUUCCUGUUCCUAGGUACCAAUGUCCAGUACACGAGAGUUUGAGGGCAAGGAGAGAGACGGGGGCUUGGAGGCCACAGCUAGAUCGGCAAGUUGCUUUUCCAGAUGUGCAGCAUAUUCCCGGAGAUUCUGAGAAGAUGAAGAUUUUUCCGUUCUCAGAUCUGGGGGAGAGGUCUGCCUGGCCCCGGCCCCCACACCGCUCCUCUUCAGCAGGUGCACCCACACCUUCUCUGACUCUGGACUUCACUUUCCCCCCAAGAUUGGACCGUCUUCCCCCACUGGCCUAUACUAUCUUUAAGGGCAGACACCAUCAGGUCCCUGUGCCUGGCACGUAGUAGGUCCUCAAUAAAUAUUUAUUGAAUGGUUCAAUGAAGGAACCACUUGGUACUCUCGCUGAACCUCCCUACCACCCACCGUCUUUUGACUGAGGGGUCUUUGGAUGGUCAGCCCCAUCCAUGUUCUCCAAGGCUCAACCCCGACCACAUUCCCCUUUCUCACUGGCUGCUACUAUGGGAAGUUCAAUGAGGAAACAAGGGGUUCUGCUCCCCACCCAGCCCUGGACGUGGUAGUGACACCCGGUCUGUAAGGCACUUUGUCUAUCACCGUGCUUGGGCAGCUCAUGGGCGCACCUCAAUAUGUGCUCCCGUCCUCACUUCCUGCCUGCUGCAGCCGAGGGAGCCGCUGGGUCUCCCAGAGCAAACCCUCAGCCUCCCGCUGUUCUCCCCACUGAAAUGGGUGUAAAUUAGGAAGAAAUGGAUCCCUCUAGGUUUUUGGUCCGACCCCCAUAAAAAGCUCAUCCAACUGUUGUUUACGAGCCCCCAGCCUGGAGGAAGAGGCCAUGAUUUCUAAUCACUGAACAACCAGCCCUUGAUCAGACUUACUAAAGAGUCAUUUCCAAGUUAUGUAGUUGGGCCCCCGGGGACUGGGAAUCAGAAGGCUCGUUUGAUAUAUUUUUUUUAUUGGGUUAAUGAGCAGAUGGAUGGAGCUGCCGGCUAAGAGAUAAUUCACGGGGAAUAGACCCAUUUACCCUGUGUGUGACAGAGCUGCGUUCCGAGAUGGGACAACGCUCUGUCACCCAGCUGCUGGCAGGGUGGGCCAUGGUCUCACGUGCCCCCUCCUCUUUCCUUUUGUUCACUUGUCUGCCUGCAUCACCCAUCCCUAUGCUGCACAGGUGACAGACCUGGGCUUCGUCUAUUCCUAGCCACGUGGCCUCGGUCAGGUCCCUUCCCCCUGCCUCGGAAUCCUCAUCUAUAAAAUAAGGAUUGGGGUGCCUGGGUGGCUCAGUCGGCUGAGCGUCCGACUUCAGCUCAGGUCCGGAUCUCGCAGUCCGUGAGUUCGAGCCCCACGCCGGGCUCUGUGCUGACGGCUCGGAGCCUGGAGCCUGUUUCAGAUUCUGCGUCUCCCUCUCUCU